AUGCGGUUAUCCGUGUUGAUCACCCUGGCGCUCUGCUCCGUGGGUUACGCCCGCCUGGAGCAACCCACCAGCUUCACCCGACUCCCAUCUCCUACCACCACCUUGCUGGACGAUCCUUCUCCAGUCCCCAACGAUCUUCCGGUUGAUUCCGAGGAAUUAUAUCACGGGCGAUGGUUCCAAAAACGAGCGACGGACGACGCUGCUGCUGCUGCUGCUGCGGCUGCCAAAACUGACGACGCCGACGCUGCCGCAGCCGCCGACACGAAGGCUGACACGGCAGCUGCAGACACAGCGGCCGCAGAUAAAGCGACGACGGCAGAGCCUGCAACGACCGCGGAACCCGCCACCACGGCAGAGCCGGCGACCACCGAAGCCAAAACCACGGCGGAGCCCACCACCGCCGAAGCAACCACCACCGAGGAGCCCACCACCACCGAACAGCCUACCACCACUGCCGAACCUACCACCACUGCCGAACCUACCACUACCUCCGCCGAGAGCACCACCUCGACCACCUCCGAAACCACCCAGACGACGACCAGCAGCGCCUCCACCACUUCCUCCACGACAUCCAGCACCUCUUCCUCCACCUCUAGCACGUCAUCCACCGCCUCCACCAGCUCCAGCGACUUCGACCUCGAAGAAUGGAACCACAACGGUAUGGUUGCCGCCAUCGCGGUCGCUAGUGUUGUGGGCGCCAUCUUCAUUGGCACUAUCGGUUGGUACUGUCUUGCCAGCCGCAUCACCAGAAUGUUCGAAAAGACUCCGCCGGCGCCGGAAGCUGCGGCUGCGGCCACAGCGGAAGGGGGAGCGAGCGCAUCCGCCUAUUCGAUGGUGCCGUUGGUCGAAGGCAACAAUCGCUCAACCAGCGAGGUCAAAUUCGAUCGUGACUCGAUGCUGUUCGCGCCGAAUUCAUCGCGCACGGAUCUGGAGUCUGUGAUGCACAAUAACACGAGACGUCAGACGAUGCUGUCGGCGGACGGGUCGGGGCCUUCGAGCGGACCGCGCGGGUCGGUCGCGUCGCAGAGUAUGCCCAGGAUGAUCUAA